UUUCUACGUCGUUGAUUUGGUUGCUUUGCUUUCUUGCAUUGCACCCCGCGUGUUGGACGCUCGGCGUUCCAGUGUGUUUAUAAAUAGGAUAUUCAUAGUUGGAGAACGUCAGCUCGACGUCCAGAUUUAGAUAUUUUGGAAGAGAACUCGUGCUAAUAAUAAACGUGAUGUAGAUCGAGCGGUGUCGGCACAAUUCAACUCUUUGCUCUCAGUGGAGCGCGAACUGCUGCGCCUCGUGUCCGUGUCGUGUAAUUUGUGAUAAUGGGCGACAUAUCAGAGCCAAUUAAAAAAUGUAUACUCAUAUUAAAAUCCGCAAAGAGCGACACCGAGAAAUUCGCGGCGCUCUUCAUGGUGACAAAACUGGUGAAGGGGAAGGAUUGCAACUCUCAAGCUAAGAAGGCCCUGUUCGAAGCCAUCGGGUUCAAAUUUCUGAAGAAACUGCUGACAAGCACCGGCAUUCAAGAUGACUGUCCGCCAUCCGUGUACAAGUCCGUCGCGCUGUCCAUCCUCACAUGCUUCUGCAACGAUCCGGAGCUGGCCACACACCCUGAGAUGCUGGCCAACAUACCAGUGUUCCUCGACAUUGUGCAGACGUCUGACAAUGACGACUACGAUGACAAUCUCAUCAUUAUCAGUGAAGCGUACACUUGCCUCCAAUGUAUCGCUGAGCAGGAAGCUGGACAAAAGGCACUCAUCGAAGUAGGUGCUAUUAAAAAGAUGUCUGAGAUCUAUUCCCAUCAAAGCUUCCAGACUGAUGAAGCCCUUAAUAUUCUUGUGAAACUUGUGUCAAGAUAUGGACCUGCUGCCUGGGGUUCUGAUCCCAAACCCUUCCAUGCCCUGGUAAAUAAGAUAGCUUUAGAUUUUGCCACAGAUCAAUCUGAAAGAAAGUUUGAAUUGGCAACAAUUUUAAGUGCUUUACUGUACAGCUGCAACAAAUCUUCAGUUAUCCCAGGAUCCUCUGAAGAAACCUGGCCUCAAAGUAUAUACAAAGCUCUACAUGACAUUCUUACCAGUAAAAUUGGUAAAAACCAGAGGGAUCCAGCCCUUAAACUGGCUGCUAAUAUUGUUGAUCUUCUUGGAAUUGAAUGGUGUCUUAAUGAUGAAGAAAACCCAAAAAAAUUCUUCCUUUUGCUUCUCCAACUAUGUGCUAUUGAAGUCAGAAUGCAAUUAGAGGACAGAAGUUUUAAGCAAGCUGUUGCAAAUGCUGAUUUGGUGACUUCUUGCUUUAUUGUAUUGGAGCUGUCCAUCAAUUACAUGGCAACUGAUCAACUAGACCUUGAACAGAAAGAGAAGCAAUCUGUAUACACAAGUCUCAAGGGAGCUUUCAAUGCUGUUGUUUCAAUUCUUACUAAAGUAUCCAAUGACAAAAACAAAGACAAGUUGCCUGAUGCCGAAAAGGUGUUUGUAUGUGCUAUGGUGCGAGUACUAGUAGCGUGGAUUGCCCAAGAAACUACAGCUAUGAGGGAACAAAUCUACACUUUGCUGCCAUUUAUGUUUUCUCUGGCUAAUGAUUCCUUCCAUGCACAUAGAGCUAGAAAGUUAGCUGAAAAAAAUAAGUCAGAUGGAGAAGGAUUGGACAUAGAUACAUCUCUAAUGGGUCAGAUUGAUUUGUUGCGUCUGAUGUUACCAGCCCUAUGCCAUCUUGUUGUUGAGGAUAAAGCAAGAGAUAUAGUAUUAAACUUAAAACAGGAAGAUAUCCUCUAUGAAGCCAUGAACUUCCACUGGUCCAUUGUUCACUAUAAAAAGCCACCUAUACCGAAAUCUGAAAGGGGAAAACCAAGGACCCAACCUGAACCUGAACUAGACCCUCAACUUUUGGAAGACAUGAAGGAUUCGAGAGCUGCAAUGGUCAGCCUUUGUAAUAUUUUCAUGAAUCUCACAGUAUUGGCACCUAAAGUUGUUGAAAACAGCAUGUUGUUUAACACUUUGCUUAAAUUCAUAUUCAAUAAUCUACCAGAACUCAAGAACAUACCUGAAAAUCUUGUUUUGCAUGGCCACUUGGCUGUUUUGGGAUUACUUUUAUUGAAACAACAAGCGGGCAAGGUCAAGAAGAAUGACUUCUCUAUAUGCAGAUACAUUACCUCUACAAUAAGAUUUCUUUGGGACGCAUACAAUAUUGAUGAAUCCAAUGACCCUAAUACAUUGGUUGUAUCCAUGGCAUACAAGGAAAAUUGGAAUGAAAUUGCAGAUUUGUGGUUCUUGGGUAUGCAAACUAUGAGUGGAGUCCUAACAAUUGUGCCCUGGAUUUCUGAGUUUGCCAUUGAGAGUGGAUGGGCCGAAGGUAUUACUGACAUGCUUGUUAAAGUUAAAGUUGGAACCCUGCAACCAAAUGUUAAAUCAGCAUUUGAGGACUUCUUGUGUAGACUAGUAGAUUCAAAUGAAAGUGUCAUCCCAGUAUUAAAGAAGGCUGGUGCCCUCAAAAUGUGCAGAAACCACCGGUUAAUGGAAUUAGGAAAGAAAUUGUUUGGAGACUAAUAAAGUCAAUAUGCCUAUUAAAGUAAUACUUCAAUAUACUUUUAAGUACUAAGUAUGUACCAAUUUGUGUUUGUUUACUUUUUCAUAAAGUUUUGUAAUAAAAAUGUACUUAAUAACUUAUGUCACCAAUACAAACUGCUUUUAAUGUUGAGCAAGUCAUGCCAAAAUAUAAUUUUAUGUAUUGUGGAAAUACCUAUUGAUGUUCAAUUAAUGUUUACAGUUACAAAUGGAUGAAAUAUGUUUAUCCAAUAAAAGUUCUCAGUCCAAA